AUGGACGAAGAGAUCACCUUCGGUCCAAGGGAUGCGGUUCCCCUGGCGUCCGGGAACCACGAGACCAUCAUGAUAGACGUCGUCACCAACAACUAUCGGCCAUCCCCGUACAAUGUGUUCUUGGGGAGGCCCGCUCUGAACGCCCUCCGAGCUAUUCCUUCCUCGCUCCACCUCAGCGUCAAAUUUCCCACCCCCGGAGGGAUAGCUGAGGUGCAUGGAGACCCAGAAGUGGUCACAGCUUGCUACCUGGCCAUGCUUCGGGGACAGGAGAAGGUGGUCACCCAGAUGACCAGUUUGGAGCCCUACAUCCCGGGGAAGGAGGCUCGACAGCUGGGCACUCAGGACAAGAUCGAGGAGUUCCCCUUGAGGGAAGAUCGGCCAGACCAGGUCCUCCGCAUUGGUGCACGGCUACCCUCUGAGGAGAAGGAGGGUUUGAAGGUCCUAUUGAGGGAGUAUUCCCGGGUCUUCGCAUGGACGGUUGAAGACAUGCCUAAAAUUUCGACUGGUCUGGCCGUCCACCACCUCAAUGUGGAUCCUCGCUUCAAGCCGGUGAAGCAGAAGAAGAGGAGUUUCGCCCUAGAAAGGAACGAGAGAUACCACCAGAUAGAGAUGGCCGAAGAAGACCGGGAGAAGACCUCCUUCAUCACUGAGGAAGGAACUUACUGCUACCGGACUAUGCCGUUUGGGCUGAAAAACGCUGGAGCUACCUACCAGCGCCUGGUCAACAAACUAUUCUAA